GGAAAAGAUUUGGGAUUGGUAAAAAGGAGCAACCAAACCAUUGUCGAAGCAGCCCCACCACACCAAGCUGUGAGAUCAUUCAAGUGUGGACUACUACUACUCCACACUGUGCGAGCAACCCAGGAGAGAGAGAAUAAGAGGAGAGAGAAUAAGAGGAGAGAGAAACUAUUUUUGACUUGGCCGCUGUGUGCAAGCUAACAACAAGGCCAUUUCAUCUUUUCACCAACGCCACCAACCACCACAAUCGCAUAGAUUUCACCAGCCCCACUUUUUCUCCGUCGUCGGAAACACCUUUGUCUCCGCCCUGAAUUCCGGCAGUUGGGGAGAAAAGUUAGGGGAGAAGUUGAAAAAGAAUACACCCACAACAAACAAAGAGCUCCUUAUUAAGUCUUUGACAACCCCUUUUGCAUAGUUGUACAAAGGGGCCCAUUUUUUUGGUAUCAUUCAGACAAAAUCUCCGAGAAAAAUGGUCAAUUAAUGUCUUUUUUGCUGCUCAAUCCUUGCUAAAGUAAGUCAUUUUUUUUGUUGAUUGUUGAACAAAUCCGAGUUUGAUUGUUGCUUUAAUUGUGUGCUAGUAGUUUUAAUUAUUCGACAUUGUCGUUGUUUUUGUUGGUGAUUUUUUUUUUUUGAAGAUUUUAGGGGUUAGGGUUUCUGGGUAUUGAUCAAUUAGGGGUUAAUUAAAGUAGAUCGUUGGAUUAUGGUGAGAUAUGAAGGUUUUUAGGGUUAAUAGAAGAUGGGUUGUGUUUUUGGGAAAGAGAUAGCAGCGUCUGAGGGGAGAGAGAGAGGUGGAAGAAGAGAGAAAGAGAAUUUGGGGGUUGAAUCUGGUAGGAAGGUUGAUUUGCCACCGGUUGGGGAUGUGGUGUCGGGUUGGGAUGCAGGGAAAGAUGGGGAGAAUGGUGGCGUUGAGUUGAGUGAUGGUGGGAAGAAGGAGGAAGAGAAGAAAGGAGAAGAGGACGGGGAAGGGAAAGGUAGAAGUUCGAAAGUCAGGGGUGAGAGAAGGCGAUCGAAGGCAAAUCCAAGGUUGAGUAAUCCUCCAAAAAAUGUACAUGGGGAGCAGGUGGCUGCUGGAUGGCCUUCUUGGCUUUCGGCUGUUGCUGGUGAAGCCAUUGACGGCUGGGUCCCGAGGCGAGCUGAUACUUUUGAAAAGAUUGAUAAGAUUGGGCAAGGAACGUAUAGUAAUGUAUAUAAAGCCAGAGAUUCUUUAACUGGAAAGAUUGUUGCACUUAAGAAGGUUAGAUUUGAUAACUUGGAGCCUGAGAGUGUUAAGUUCAUGGCCAGAGAGAUUUUGAUCUUGCGGAGAUUAGACCAUCCCAAUGUUGUGAAACUCGAGGGGUUGGUUACUUCAAGGAUGUCCUGUAGUUUGUAUUUGGUGUUCGAGUACAUGGAGCAUGAUUUAGCUGGGCUCGCUGCCAGUCCAGAUAUUAAGUUUACGGAUCCACAGGUGAAAUGCUAUAUGCACCAAUUGAUUUCUGGACUAGAGCACUGUCACAAUCGUGGUGUUCUUCACCGUGAUAUCAAGGGAUCAAAUCUUCUACUUGACAAUGCAGGAAUACUUAAGAUAGCUGAUUUUGGAUUGGCUACCUUUUUUGAUCCAAACAAGAAACAUCCUAUGACUAGUCGUGUUGUCACUCUAUGGUAUCGAGCCCCAGAGCUCCUUCUCGGGGCUACUGAUUAUAGUGUCGGCAUUGAUCUGUGGAGUGCUGGCUGCAUUUUGGCUGAGUUAUUGGCUGGGAGACCUAUCAUGCCUGGCCGCACUGAGGUGGAGCAAUUACAUAAGAUAUACAAGUUAUGUGGUUCGCCUUCUGAUGAGUACUGGAAAAAAUCAAAGUUGCCAAAUGCAACAAUAUUCAAGCCACGAGAACCAUACAAAAGAUGUAUAAGAGAGACCUUUAAAGAUUUCCCACCCUCGGCAUUGUCUUUAAUUGAUACACUUCUUGCGAUUGAUCCAGCUGAACGCAAAACUGCCACAGAUGCUUUAAAUAGCGAUUUUUUCAGUACUGAACCUCUUGCUUGUGAUCCAUCAACGCUUCCAAAAUAUCCACCAACCAAGGAGAUGGAUGCCAAACGACGUGAUGACGAAGCACGAAGGCUAAGAGCUGCUAGCAAAGCACAAGGCGACACGGCAAAGAAAAGUCGAACACGUGAUCGUCCCCGGGCAAUGCCAGCUCCUGAAGCUAAUGCAGAGCUUCAGGCCAAUCUUGAUCGACGACGUAUAAUUACUCAUGCAAAUGCAAAGAGCAAAAGUGAGAAGUUCCCUCCACCACACCAAGAUGGAGGGCUCGGGUACCCGUUGGGUGCUUCGCAGCACAUUGAUCCUGCAAACAUCCCUGAUAUUCCAUACAGUUCCACGUCAUUUACAUACUCGAAAGGAGGGGGGCAACAAUGGUCUGGUCCAUUGGUAGACCCUGCUUCUGCCGGGGGUCCCAGACGAAAGAAAAAGAAUGUUGUUGAAGGCAAUGAACCUAAGUCAACAGGCCGGAGAGAUAUCAGUAGUUCUCGGGCUCGAGGAAAAUGAGUCCAGGAUAGUGAGAACCACAUUCAGUACUAGUUAUUGAGCUUGUGUUAACUGGACUCUUCUUAUUCUGAGGUUUUUCAGUGGCCAAGCUUUUUGUAAGAUGCAACCAUAUGUGAUCAGCAUGACAAAGGCAGGUGAAGUGUAUUUAGAGGUAUAAGUGAUUUUUAUUUCUUUUUUAAAACCGUUUUUCGCUAAAAGAAAAAAAAGAACUUCCCCUAUGUUAAAAGAAUAUUUCCUCGCUGGAAUGUGGGGAAGUUCCCUCAUGUGUAUUUUGACCUUCCUCUUUUAUUUUUAUUUUUUAUUAUAGAGAUCUCUAUUCUUUGAGAAGCAAAUUGGCUUGAAUGCUUGGAACUUUGAGUAUACAGUUUUAGCACCCUCCCUCGCCCAUUGAAUAUUGAUGUACUGUAUUCAGGUUUCUUAUUGUCGGGUUUGUUGUCCUCAAAAGUUGCCGUAAAAUCUGUAUGGCAACUGAUAAUGCUAUGAGCCACCUUCUGAUGCCAUGGACAAGAUAGGUUGCCUGAAUUGUUUGUUGAUAAGCAGUCGUCCGCAGCAACGGACAAGAGUAAUCUGGACAACGAGCUAUUCUUGUUAGGGUCAAUUUGCCGACUCUAGUUGAGGAAGCAUGCUGUCGCGACAAACACUUGUCUUCAAAUACUAGUCCUGAUGACGAACUAUCAUGUGAAACUUGUUGCAUAUUAGUAAAUGGAUAAUGUAUGAUUUCUGGAUUUAUGUCAUUGUUCACUAUUCUCAUA